ACAGGAUCUUUCAUCGCGGACUUCCAAUCAGAGCAAACUAAGAUUUAUCCAAACAUCUCAACAAAGGAAUUCAAAAAUGGGCAAGGUAUGGGAGUCCAUCCUGUGUGUCCACCCCACAAAUCCCUCAGCAAUCAGGAUGAUCCUGAGAAGGGUUGAUUUUCCAGGCUCAUCUCAGAAGGCUUUGUGUAGUCCCGUGCUGAUUGAGCUGUCCCAGAGUGCUGUACAGCAUGUGGAGGCCAAUGCCAGUCAUGACCUUUCCUGCCCCCUGACAGUGGAGCAGUUGAAGGCAAGGAAUCUUUACAUUCCUUGGUUGAAGGAUAGUCCUCCUGUCAAUCAGGAAGUGAGCCAGCUCAAGAGGCCUAAACUGUCAUGCCCCAAGUUGACCCAGCUGUCCCAGAGUGCUGUGCAGCAUGUGGAGGCCGGUGCCAAAGCCAGUCAGGUAUCCUCGUACCGUUCUUGGAAGAGGCUGAAGGAUAGUUUUAUUGCGGAACAGAAGAAGGUGAGCCAGCCCAAGAGGCCUGAACUGGUUCCCAGGAUCAGGGCCUCCAAGGACCCCAGCCCACUACGACAGAAGCAGCAGCGACAGAGGAAAAGGCCAGCCGAUGAGUUGGAUAAGGUGUCUGGCAGCAGGGGGUGCAUGAGAGCAGCCAAGAAGGACAUCUCUGGAGAUCUGGCCCAGCUCAAGCCUGGUCAGUCCACAGGAGACACCUGGAACAACACUAGAGCUGAAGAACCUUGUCGUCUGGAGGUUAUGAAGAACCUGACAGGCCUGUGGGGCAGCACUGGGCAAGGCCAGCCUCAGCUGACUUCACGAGCCAACCGUCUCAGCCCCUGCCUGGCCCAGUACUUAGCCUCCACUGUCACACCGAGGACCUUUGACCUCCAGAUAAUGGGCAUGACCUCUGACCUAAUGGACUUCUUGGAUAUGCCCGAGGAGAGACUGUCAAUAGAGCUUUGGGACCUCGGGGAGGGCACAGGGGACCAGCGCUACAAAGCCAACUGGCAAUUCUCUGGAGAGCACAGCAAUGUGCUGAUGGAGGGAAUCUGGCUCCAGAACGAUGACAACUGGUGAUUUGGAGACCUCAGCUCGCCCAAACGCUUCCUCAGUAGCCCCCUCAGUCUGAAAGAGGAGGGAGCUUAGCUGCUGAUAUUCACUCAUAUUCAUAUGCAAACACAUAUUCAAAUGCACACAUCAGGGGUUUCGGUUAAUUCAGAUGGUUUUUACAGUGCCUUCAGAAAGUAUUCACACCCCUUGACUUUUUCCACAUUUUGUUGUGU